UACGACUAUUUUUCAAUGUAUAUUUUAUUAUUUUAUUACUCAAAACACCGCACAAUCGUAAUGACACUGGGACACCUACAUUUUGGUCAUGCCAUUCAACUGGAUGUGAGUUCAUCAAGCAGUGGGGCGGGUGAAGUUGUGGGGAAUCCACCCGUCGGCCUUCUAAGCCAUGACAUAAAACCUGGUCCCUCACAGAUGGCCACACCUAAAUCAGAAAUGGACAACUCACUUCCAUCAAGCAGUUCUAGUGUGACUGACACAUAUUCCAGUUACCACAGUGACAAGGAGGGGUCUGUGACGAACAACUCUCCUGUCAAAAAAUACAAAAAGUUAAAACAUGAAAAAUACUGCCUGGUCUGUGGGGAUAAAGCCCUAGGAUACAACUUCAAUGCAGUUACCUGCGAGUCGUGCAAGGCAUUUUUUCGACGAAAUGCUUUGAAAGACCAGUCACUUAAGUGUUUAUUCCAAGGAAACUGCAGUAUAGAUGUUAGAACCAGACGGUUUUGUCCAUUCUGUCGGUUAGAUAAAUGCUACCAAAUCGGGAUGAAGAGAGAAAUGAUACUUGAUGACAAUGAGAGAAAAGCACGCAUGCAGAAGGUUUCGAUGAAUCGUGCCAGGAAGCAGUGUGUUCAGAAAAACUUUGAAAUGGACAAUGUUGUCAUCAAAGAUGAACCGCUUUCAGAUCCAGAACCUGAAGCUUCAAGUUCUGAAGCUAAUGCAAACCUUGCAGAAGAUGAAAGUAACCGCUUACCAAGAGGCCCCGCCCCCCCUCCUGUCCAUUUUCCUAAUGAGACUCUGGAUGUUGUCAUCAAACGUGACAUGUUGCCCAGUGAUCCCCUCCUCUAUCGUACUCUCACCGCAGAUGAGAAAAAACUCGUCAGUGAUGUAACCAUGGCAUAUAAGGAGACUCUAGCAAGCUAUGCUGUCGAGCAGCAUGUCAACCAGGAGGAAAACUACUCCAAUCUCAACGAUAUUGUCAACAACUCAGAGGUUGCUGUGCGUCGCUUAAUCAAGUUUGUGAAAUUAUUAAGUGAUUUCAAGAAACUAAGUCAAGAAAAUCAAAUUGCAGCUCUGAAGGCAUGUGUGCUUAACACUUUGUUGUUGCGAUCUGUCAACUUCUACGAUGUAGAAAAUGAUGCAUGGCUUACGCCAACUGGUAGCAUUCCAACAAACAUACUGAAACAGGCGACCGGCCAUAAUCAGCUACAUGAUAAUCACACUUCAUACUGUCGUAGCCUUAAGGCUAUUGCUCAGGAUGACGAGUAUAUUAUGGCUAUUCUGCAAGUGAUGAUCAUUUUCAGACCUGACGGAGUAAAUCUUGAACACCGCCAUGAAGUUUCAGACUUGCAGGACAAAUACAUUUUACUGCUCAAACAUUAUCUAGAAUCAAGUUUCAGUUACCUGCAUGCACACAUAGUAUUUUCAAGUUUGUUGCGUAAAUUCAACGAACUACAAAAAAUCGGAGAUGAACAUGCGAAAAUCGUUCUACAAGUAAACGCCAGUCAAAUUGAGCCUCUGAUGCUGGAAGUUCUAAAUCUUCAUUGAGUUAAAAAGCUUUCAUUCUCAACCAUUUUCUCAGGUCAGGAUAAACUCAUGAUACAGCAGACAGGAUAUUUGGGAUCAGGUUUUGAUAGUGUCGCAGUGAACACAAAUUUUGCCUUCUCUUGCAUGUAUUGGUUUUAUGAAUGUACUGUAUUUAUACCCAAAUAAGUCCCAGCCCACAAAUAAGCCCUCUUCUUCAUUUUUAAGCAUCAUUAAGUUUAUAAUAGUAAGUUAAAAGUGGUUCAACAAUAAACCCUCCCCAAACAGUAAUACUUACCUUUUACAUGAGUGGGUGGGGCUUAUUUGAGGAUAAAUGCGGUAUAUGUAUCUAUUUAUUGUCCAUUGUGAUGCAAGAAUAUAUGUAUACAAAUUAACUGCAAAAACAAAUUUAGAUGUAUUUAGACUUGUGAGGACACGUAUAUCACAACACAAACUCUGUAGUAGGGUUUUCUUUUAUAUAUUUCUGGUAAAUAUAGAGCCUACAAAUAUAAAUAUGACAAGUAUAAGUCCAAUGGACAUAACUGAUAUAAAAGUAGGUUCUUUAUAUAAUUUAUAUAAUACGCAUAUAUGAUACUAUAUAAUAGAAGCGCAUUAUAUAUAUUUAUAUAUUUAUAUGUUGUGCUGUCUUACCAGGUAGUUGGGAACCAUCAGUGGGGACUCAUGUAUCCUGGUCCAUGUCAUAGUUAGGAAUGAACGUGCGAGGGAUUGGGGUGUGUGAGCCGAUGUGGCUGUGCAUGCGCCUACGAGAAUCCUUGAGAUGCAUGCACAGACACAGGGGCUUCAUGAUAUACAUUCCACUCUCAUUCAGAUGACAAUAACAUGUACAUGUACACGUGGACAGGCUAGGCCCUGAUCAUGCAUUGGGAAACCAAUGUAUACACACUGUCUACAUGUAAUUGAAAUUUCAAUUAAUAUCUGUAAUUAAUCCCGGUUCUUUGGUCACCCCUCUACUUCGAUGGACAUGCUGUGUGAUCUAAUAACUAUUUGAGUAAAUGAGACAAAACAUUUA